AUCCUGGAGCUCGGAAUGGGGGAUGAUGAUGUCUCUUUGAAGGGCUCGGCGUCUUCUUCCGGAGCACCGAGUGCUUCGGCUCCUAUUCAGAGACGGGGUAUCGGGCGUGGUCGAUGCCCUACUGCCAUUCCCAGUGUGACCGACUCCGGAUUGGGACCAAGCGGAUCCUCGCAUGAGCCCUCCCUCGGUGAUUCCCAGUCAGUGAGUUCCCGCAGCGGAUUCCGAGAAACGAGAAGCUCUGUCUCCGGAGCCUUCACGGAUGCGGAUGAAUUCCAAAGUGGAUUGGAGGAUGACCAAACCGGUGAUGACCAACGGUUCUCAAACAUCAAUUGCCUCUUCUUCGAUGAUGUCUCCAAGACCGAACCCUUCAAGGUCUUCAAAUACGAUGUCUCGUUCUCCCGCGAGCUACUCAACAAGGACAAACGAUUGAUUUUUCUGAAGAAGCUCACACUGCUAACAACGAUCCACGCGGAGGAUGUGACUAUCGAGUUGACUCCCGUGAGUCAACCCUUGAAACUCAGCGAUUUCUUCUCUUGUCUGCUGAAACAGAUUCCCUUGUAUCUAACCGAGCCCGAAGUCUACAUUCCUAUGAAUCUUCUCUCGAAUCAGUGCCGAUUCGAGGUGUAUCCCGGAGAUGUCCUGGACGUCGCCGAGCGAGAACACAUUGUUCGAUGCGACUCAAAUUUCAAACACGACUACGGAAAAGUGGAUGACAUCAUAGAACAAUGUAUCGUCUAUUCGGCCUUGCGUUGCGUUCCCGAAGCUGUGUUCCGAGACAUAGUGGAGCGGAGUCUGCACGAGUUGGUUGUUCUCAACAAGGACGAUAAAAGGAGCUACGUCGUGAAAAUGGUUCUCUGGGAUGAGAAAUCCCGCUCGAGCGGACCCAUGCUCCGAUGCCGACGUUUGAACUCCGAAGACAUUCAUCGUCUAGACCCCAGCGUUCUGGAGGUCAGCGGAUCUCGCCGAACCGCGAGCACGCAUGCGGGCCUGGAGAGAGGGGGUGGAGACAAGAUCACAAAGUUUGUAGGAACUCCCGCUACGGGACAACAGCGUCAAUUGGCGCUAGUACGGUACAAAGAGAACGUGGGUCAAAGCGGCCCCCGCGAGCUCCUGGAAAGAUGGGGUCUUUCGCUAAGCGACAGCGCUGUGGUCUCCAAUGGGGUGGUGUUGCAAAUAGACAUGUUGCGCAUGAAUGACAACACCGCCAACCUCCUAUCGAGCUGCGGCUGGGUCAAUCGCUUGUCGAAAGUUCUCGUCCCGGUGCGCAUCAAGAAUUGGUACGUCAUCUACGAAAAAGGAGAUGAGAGACUCAUUGAUGACAUGAUUGAAGUUCUGACGGCAGACGCUCCGACGAUCGGAAUCGAAAUGAAGAUCCCAAGGAAGCGUGCGAUCCUUGAGUGUUCGUCCAUGGCCUAUGAGAGGCUGAUGAAUGAGUGCCUGAAGCUCAGUCCUGGCAUCGAGCUUUUCAUGGUUGUAGUACGAUCUCAGCGCACUGAUAUUUACCGGACUGUGAAAAAAUGGUCGCUCGGGCACAAGAAGCCUAUCGUCACCCAAGUCGUGUUGCGGGAUACGGUGAAGCAAAUCUGCAACAUGUUGGAGUUCAGUCUUUCCGUCAUCACACAGAUAAACUGCAAACUCGGGGGUGCUCUGUGGGCUCUCGACAAGAGAGUGGACAGUACGUUGGUAAUUGGUCUCUCCUUGUUCACUUCCGCGCAAACCGGGAAGGAUGUGCUCGGUUUCGUUUCGGCGAGGAAUAAGCUGUUCACUCAAUGGUACUCGUACGCGAUAAUGGAUCCAGAAGCCGAGCUAGAAGAGCAGUUGAAAAUCGCGAUCCGCAAAUACGCGAAGGAAAAUGGCGAUGUCUGUCCUGAUAGGAUCGUAAUACUAUCAACGCAAAUCUACGACGAAGAUUUCCCUGCGAAAGUCACCCGGCACGUCAGGAAUGUUUUCAGCAGUAAACUCACACUGGUUCACGUCGAGGAACCCGCAAGGUUCAACAAAAUCGUCCAUGAGCUCGCUAAGGAAGCCAAGAUCGAUGAGCUGAGAGAGUUGCAAAGAAAAUAUAUCUUCGUGCCACAGAGAGAAGGAGCAGACCUGGAUUUCAUCUGCUGUCGAGUAGAUAUUAACGAUGAUGGCCUGAACACCAGGGAUAUCGCUGGAAUCAUCAAACAGCUGAAACAUGUGUACUACAAUGUCGCGGGCGAGGUGAACUUGCCGGCCCCAGUAUUAUACGUUAUGCUGGAGCGUUUCGAGAAGUCCAACUGCAUGCUGGCCACCUGCAAUGGACUCUCUCAGAGCCGAUUGGCGGCGGCAACGAAGGAGCUAUCUCAGCACGUAUCUCUGCUGCAAGACCUGAAGAAAGAUCUUGAUAACAUAUUUGGUCGGAUACGUUUCCUCAAGUCUACAUUGGCCAAUCAGUACCCCGAAGCUUUCGCGAAUACGGAGUUGCCCGGCGUCGACGAGGAAGAGGAACUUGAGGAAUGAUGGGAACCGAACUCGCCCUUGAAAGUGCCAUACUCGUCUGCGAAACAACAGUGUAUGUACAUAUCAGUCUCGCUGGCUUUUCUUCUAUGAGAUGUUCCCUCCACGACGAGUUAUCGCUUAUGAGCCUCGUUGAGGGAAGGAACAGCGAGCAUCGACGAUUGAAUAAAGCCUCCUUCCGA